AUGUCUAACAACAUAUUUGAUACAGACUUCAGUUUAUCGAGGAAGUUCAAAAUUCGAGUGAAAGGAAAUGGUUAGGUGUCUCAUACAAUCAAUUCAUCAAAAAAGAAUCUUAAAUAAUCCACUUCAUUUUCUGUCCCAAUACUGCAAGAAAUAAUUGAAGGUGAAAAAAAACCAUAAACAAAAUUAAAUUAUUCAUUUUAAGGAAAAGAGGAAGUACUUAAUAGAAAAAUAUAAGAGCACUACCUCUACAUUUUAUUAUAAUUUCAGCAAAACCUUAGAUUUCGAACUUAAUUUUAGUAAUUAUGGAGACAAAUUAAGAUUUUACAUUCAUAAAUCAUUUAGAAUAUCCGAUAAUGAAGUCUCUUUAUGUAAACCUAAAUACUAAAUAAUUCAUAGCCUCAAGAAUAGAUAAUCAGAGUCUCCAUUUUCAAUAAAAACUCUCAAGGAAAAUUGAAAAUUAACAUUUUGAUUUUUCUGGAGAUACGGAAUUCGAUUUUCUUAAAAAGUCAUUCAAAUUUUAGACAUUGCACUUUAAUUAUAAAUUCAAUGACAAAAAAAAAUUGAUAUCAUUUAGAAGUUCAUUUUUGAAAGGAAGGAAUUGCGAAUUGGAAUAUUAAAAAUUUAUUAAUAAGAAUUUGAGUGCUGGUUUUCAGAUCUCACUCGAUUCUCAUAAGCAUUUUCAUUAUCUGAUAGGUUUAUAAAAAUAGAUUAGAAACCUAUCAUUUUGUGGUGUUUAUAACUUUAACAAAAAGAGUCUUGCAGUUGGAUUAAUUUAGAAGUAUAGCAAAAUGUAAUAAUUUUGGAGACUUUAGGUUAGAAUUUCGAAUGGCUAGUAGGAUACCUUUCAGUAACAAGGAUUAUCCUUUUGGAUUUGCAGUGAAAUUGAACAUUUGA